AGGCUUUGCUUAAGAGGCAGAAAACCAAAAACCCAUUCUUAACAAAAAAGAUGGGGAAAAUGGGAUCUUCAUCAGUGACUUCUCUUGUGGUCACUCUCCUAGUGGCUAUAGUUUCUCUCAGUUUGCCAUCAGAAACCUCAGCAAACUACCCUUACUCAUCUCCUCCACCACCAGCUUCUCCUCCCUAUCAUUACAAGUCACCACCUCCCCCUUCACCUCCUCCUAAUCCAAAAAAACCCCAAAGAAUAACAUCUGUUUCACCACCUCCUCCUCCUCCAGUACAUUCACCUCCUCCACCAAAGGCGCCUUACCACUACAAAUCCCCACCACCACCACCCAAGAAGCCUUACCACUACAAAUCCCCACCACCACCACCCAAGAAGCCUUACUACUACAAAUCCCCACCACCACCACCCAAGAAGCCUUACCACUACAAAUCUCCCCCACCCCCACCACCACCAAAGAAACCUUACCACUACUCAUCUCCUCCUCCUCCUCCUCCACACAAGAAGCCGCACCACCUAGCAUUGAUUUUGAAGAUGGAUCGAGGCAAAUGGGCUUAUCUUAAACCUCCAGAACCAAAGCUAUAUAAAGGGAGGGAGGCUUUGCUUAAGAGGCAGAAAACCAAAAACCCAUUCUUAACAAAAAAGAUGGGGAAAAUGGGAUCUUCAUCAGUGACUUCUCUUGUGGUCACUCUCCUAGUGGCUAUAGUUUCUCUCAGUUUGCCAUCAGAAACCUCAGCAAACUACCCUUACUCAUCUCCUCCACCACCAGCUUCUCCUCCCUAUCAUUACAAGUCACCACCUCCCCCUUCACCUCCUCCUCCAGUGCACUACUCACCACCUAAGCAUCCCUACCACUACAAAUCCCCACCACCUCCUCCUCCUCCAGUACAUUCACCUCCUCCACCAAAGGCGCCUUACCACUACAAAUCCCCACCACCACCACCCAAGAAGCCUUACCACUACAAAUCCCCACCACCACCACCCAAGAAGCCUUACUACUACAAAUCCCCACCACCACCACCCAAGAAGCCUUACCACUACAAAUCUCCCCCACCCCCACCACCACCAAAGAAACCUUACCACUACUCAUCUCCUCCUCCUCCUCCUCCACACAAGAAGCCGCACCACCCAGUGCAUUCACCACCACCACCUAAGCAUCCUUACCACUACAAGUCUCCCCCACCACCCUCACCCUCACCACCUAAGCAUCCUUACCACUACAAAUCUCCACCACCACCCCCUAAGCAUCCUUACCACUACAAGUCUCCACCACCACCCUCACCACCACCCCCUAAGCAUCCUUACCACUACAAGUCUCCACCACCACCACCACCUUCACCACCUAAGCACCCCUACCACUACAAGUCUCCCCCACCACCAUCACCUUCACCACCUAAGCACCCAUACCACUACAAGUCUCCACCACCACCAUCUCCGCCCAAGAAACCUUACCACUACAAGUCUCCCCCACCACCCACACCAGUUUACUCACCACCCCCACCACCUAAGAAACCAUACAAGCCACCAACUCCUCCAGUUCACACCGCACCACCACACCCUUACAUCUACUCAUCACCCCCACCUCCUCACCACUACUAGAUAAUGAGAGCUAGACUGCAUCCAGCUGGUAAGGUGAAGACCAGGUCAAAAUAAAGAAGGGGCUGUCGAAGUCGAAGCGCCUUAUCCUACAAAAAAGAUGAAGAUCGAGUCUCCGCAGUUGAUGUAACGUUUUUAUUUAUGCAGAUGAUGUAUUUUUAUUAGACAGUUGUAGUGCACUUG